AGUUAUUCCGAACGCGUCGCUAUCGCAUCCCAGCUGAACGUUUGACGAAAAAAGAGCACUUGGCGAUCACCGAACAGUUUUGUUCGCGCAACAUGUGCCAUCUCGGACAGCCGUGAAAUAGUUGAACUUCAAGGGCGCGCCCCGUUUUGGGUUUUUCAUAAUUCAGAGGGGUUAGGCGCGGUUCAGACCACCGAAAAGGAGACUGGGGGACACAUGUGCUCGGCUGGUGAGCCGCCCCGAGAGGAGGGGCCAUGCCAUGCGAGCUAGUCUGCCCCCAGUUACGAAGGCUGCUGAAGAACCAACGUCCCCACAUUCAUGUGCACCAAUUCUUCCAUACUGACGAGCUGGAGAAAGGGAUUCCUCUCGCAGCGCAGACAGGUUACUGCGCAGAGCUGGAGGAGUUGCAGGAGUUGCUACACUUCCCUGAAGAGGUUGCCCUUCGCUUGGCCGAUACUGAGUAUCAACUUUUUUACCAGGUCCCACCUAUCGACUAUUUACGUCAGGUGACCUUGGAUUUGGGAGGCGCUACAGGAACGUCGGCAGAAAAUCUUCCCGGCAAUACCUCCACUAAGAGAUCAUCAGUUUCAACAUUAAUAAAACGCUUCAAUGAGGUGAGUGCUUGGGUGACCCAAUUGAUAAUCACCCAACCUACGCACGAUGCUCGCCGAGCUGUACUCUCCUGCAUCCUUAGGAUCGCUCUCUCAUCGUGGAAUAUCGGAAAUUUCAACGGAGCCAUGGAAAUUAUCGCGGGCCUUAAAUCGAACAAACUCAAACCGUUCUGGUUAUCCAUCACCGAAAAGGAAACGCUGCCGGUGCUGGACUUCUUGUCGGCGGCGCUGCUCUCCGCGGAAUACGACCGUGCCUUAAGUAGGGCGCUGGCGAUGCCCGAGUGUCCCGUCGUGCCCUUCUUCGGCGCCUUCCUCAGAGAGCUGCGGGAGAUCCUGGCGGCGGGCGAGGGAGCGGGCGCGCCCCCGCCUCCCGGAGACCAUCUGCCGCCCACCGGCAAAUCGCCCAAGGCGCAACAAGGACACAGGGACCAACAUCAUCAGCACAGACAAGUGUUCAUAUCAGAUUAUAAUGGUGAGGAUCAUCAUUUCACGACCAUCGGCCCCGGCGGAUUAAUCAACCUGGAAAAAAUCUACCGGACGCAAGCGGUUAUGGACCAUAUAUCUCUGUGCCAUCAGCAUUACCACAGCAGGAACCGACUCACUCCCACGUACACCCUCAUCGACUACCUUAAAUCGUCGGCGAUAAACGAGCAACGCGUUUUAGCGUUCGGACCCCCCGAAAAAGUCGAAUUAGACGCCGAAUACGACUGUGAUGUAGACGAUUAUCAUCCUGUACAGCCUCUAAUUCACGAUCACGGCGUCAGUUUCGUCUGUUUAUCGUCGCCCUUAACGAAAAUCGAUCAGCACGUCAUACAAAUAUUGCACCACGGGAGUACGUGCGUGAUGUGGGAAGGCUUCGAAGGUCCGUCGCCUCCGUCGGGCGUGAAGGGCGUCCUGCUCUACCUGCGACUGGAUAGAUCGUCGACGACGCUGACGUGGGUGCGUCCGAGCUGGAGCGGUCUGAAGGCGGGCGCCGCCAACGACACCGGCGAUCCCUUCACCACCGAUUUCAAUCUGUCGUUCAAUCCCGAAGAGACGCUGGCGCCGGGAUUGCUCACCAAGCUGGCGCUGCAGUCGUCCGGAGAACAAAGCACCGGCACUACGUUGGACGAUGGAUUUCUGGACCUCACGGCGGUGAAAGAAGUCCAUUUGGGCGGCAAGGAUGCGGAAAAGGAAGCCGAACUCGCACAAAUGGCUCGACGAUACGGCCUCAGUCACGAAACUGGCAACGAAUGCGCCCUCACUAUCCUCUACGGUUACGGUCUCAGCGAUAAUCGCUUAUUGUACAUCGUUUGUCCUCCCGCCGUUUGUAGAGUAUGGUUUAGCGGUCUCUGUUGGUUGAUCCGCGGAUUAACUCGACAACAAGCUCUCUGUGAUAGAAGAUUAUUGUGGUUAAGGGAACAGUACAUGCAACUAUAUCACGAAGACGGUUAUUGCUGUGGACCUUUAGCGGCCGAUGCAAUUAGAUCUUUCGGUGGAAGAGAUUGGUCGAUUGCCGGCGCUACUGGCGGUCAAGGAGAAUCCUCCGGCGCUCUGAGACGCGAAGUAUCAAUGAAAAUUAAAAAGAAGCAACUACUAAGCAACCAGACGUUCAAAGAUCGAAGCUUGAGGACUCCUUUCGUGGAACCGGCGACCAUGUGCAUGGAGAGCAGUUACUGGAGAAACCCCACUCACCACCGCCAGUCGACGCCUACGACGUUCCCCGAGCACCAGCACGACGUUUCCAGGCACCACAGUUUGGGGCAGCUGGCGUACAACAGCUCCCAGCCGAAAUUCGAUAGCAGCUCAAUUGCAAAGAUUAUUAACUGCAUCAUGAGAGAUCGGCACGGUUCGACCGAACAUCUAUGGCACGGCAGGCAUCCCAGAGUCGGCUCAAUUCUCUACGAUACUCAAUUGGAUUUCGUAGAUUUCGUUACGCUUUUCCGUUCUUUCAGUUUACUAAUUAGGAAGGAUCUUAGAGAUCUGUUCGAACAACUAGCAAUAUCUUACAGAAGUAUGGCUGUGAAUACCUCUAAGUUAAACGGUGUCAAAUCUAAAGUCGAACAACCAAAGAAACUCCAAAAAAUAGGUUUACUAACGCGGAACAGCAAAGCAGAAUUGGACGGUCUCGUGGUCAAUUCGCAAAAGAAAAUCUUCGACGCCAUCGCAGCGGCGAGUAUUUUCACCAAUUGCGCGGGAAUCGAUACAAACAACUCCCAAGUGAUCACGUUGUCGACGUUCACGAAGUUUUUGGAAACCAGGCAAAUGGAAGUGCGUACCGAAGAGCAAGUCAAGGCUUUAAUUCACAGGCACGAACCCGACGCGGCUUUAAGGACCCAGAAUUGCUUGUCUUUCGAAGGAUUCGCUCGGUACCUCAUGGAUAAGGAAAACUUCGCAUUUGUGCACGAAACCGAGGUUCCGAUAGAAAGCGACAUGACGCGCCCUUUGUCCACUUAUUAUAUAUCUUCGUCUCACAACACUUACUUGACAGGGCAUCAACUCAAAGGAGAAUCAUCUGUGGAAUUAUAUAGUCAGGUUUUACUGACAGGUUGCAGAUGCGUAGAAUUAGAUUGUUGGGAUGGAGACGACGGUUACCCAAUGAUAUAUCACGGACAUACCUUCACUACGAAAAUACCAUUCAGCGCUGUGGUAGAGACCAUUGAUAAGAACGCCUUCGUUUCGUCCUCGUACCCUGUGAUUUUAUCGAUAGAAAAUCACUGCUCCUUACAACAGCAAACCAGAAUGGCUCACAUAUUCCAAAGGAUUUUCGGCGAAAAGUUAGUCACGACGUUCCUAUUCGAAUCGGACUACAGCGACGAACCGUGCCUGCCGUCGCCCGAACAGCUCAAGUACCGGGUGUUGGUAAAAAACAAGAAACUGAUCAUGGAAGUGAAUCCGCCUUUGACGUUCUCCUCCAUGACGCCCGUUCGACCGGGCAGCGGCAUGCGGCACUCCGUGCCCGGCAGGACCAGCUCCAUCAUCAGCAACACCAGCAGCAGUUCCUUCAACGACGACUUCAGCGACGAGGAUUACGACGAUGAAGAUGACGAGGAUAAUAUCGAUGAUAAGCCUUUACAUGCAUUGAACCUCACUGAUUCUCCUCGACCGUACGGAGUACCACACGCGGUGUCCAAAACCAGUUCCCAGAAGAGAGCAGCGCCGGAUGAUAAGCUGAAGAAAAAGAGCAGCCAAAUUUCUAAAGAGUUAUCCGAUAUGGUUGUUUAUGUACAGGCGAUAAAGUUCCGCGGUCUGAACACCAUCUCUCCCAGCAGCUCGGUCAAACAACGCCAGAAAGUCAUCACGUGCUCGGUAAGUUCCAGCGCUACGUCAGGAAUCAGCUCAGCUUCCAACAUCAGCUCAGCAACAGCCAGCGAAUCGGACAACACGAUAUUCGAAAGCGAGCAGCAGGUUCAGAAACGACCCAACGUCCACCUGCCCUGCUACCAAUGCUCCUCGAUAAACGAAAACACCGCAAAGAAAUUAUGCAGGAAACAACCAUUGGCGCUGGUGGUUCACACACAAACGCAACUAAUGAGGACUUACCCGGCGGGUAUGCGGAUCGAUUCGUCCAAUUUCAAUCCGGUGAUAUUUUGGUCGUUCGGCAUACAAAUGACGGCGUUGAACUACCAAACAGAAGACACGGCGAUGCAGCUGAACACUGCAUUGUUCGAAACCAAUGGAAAGUGCGGGUACGUCAGCAAACCGAACGUCAUGUGGGACAGGCAGCACGUCAUGUACAGGAGGUUCAAUCCUUGGGAUAAAGAAUUCGACGGUAUACAUUCUUCCCAAAUGGUCAUCAACAUAGUCUCUGGCCAGUACGUGGGCCAAAACAACGUCAACCUGAGCACUUACGUAGAAGUGGAAAUAAUCGGAAUCCAAGUGGACUGUAACAAGCAAAAAACCAAAAUCGUCCAAAAGAACUCGCUGAAUCCGAUUUGGAACGAUACCUUCCACUUUAGAAUCAUGUUCCAGGAUUUGGCUUUCCUAAGGUUCACUGUAAUAGAUGCGGCCAGCAACCAUCUCCUGGCUCAAAGGAUAAUGCCAUUGAAAUGCUUAAAACCGGGCUACAGGCACGUGCGGCUUAGAUCUCCCACAAACAAGAUAUUCAACAUGUCCACGUUGUUCAUUUACUCCAGAUUAGAAGAGGAAAGCCUAGAAAAUACUGAAACCACAGACGGGAUGUCCGAGCGACAGAAACCUCCUGAAAAAGUUAAAACUGAAAAUAGCGGAUCAGAUGGAACGUUUUUAGGGAUUUCUGGUACUCCUUUGUGCGUGAAGAGGAGGAUGUUCUUCCUGAUGGUGUACGGAGUCGUCUCUGAAGAACCGUACACGAUUUUAAAAAUCACCCAAGAAAGUACGACUCAAGACGUGCUGCAGCUCUGUUUACAGAAAGCCGGCGUGAGCCCCACCAAAGUGAACGACUACAUACUAGUAGAAGAAGUGGCUCGAGGUUGGGAGAAAAAGGAUCACAAUCUACCGGCCACCCAACGAAUUUUAGAUCUGCAAGAACGCCCACUGCAGGCUCAAUCCCAGUGGAAAGGCGAAGGAAGAUUCAUCCUCAAGCGAAUGGGCGACGACCCCAGCAGCCGGGCUUGGUUAUCAUCGAUACGGAGCGUCGCCAAUCGGGAACGCGAAGCCCGAAAAUCCGACGGGUGUCCGAGCAACGCUUGGGAAAUCAACGACACCUUCCUCGUGUGCAUCUACAACGUAUCCCCCGAGAUCCCCUACGCCAUUCUCAAGGUGCCGCUGAACGCUUGCGCCCAGGACGUCCUCGCUCAAGCCCUGGUGAAGGCCCGCCGACUGGAGGACCCCAUGAACUUCGUCAUCGUGGAGGAACUGGAAUGGGGCGGCGCGAGCCACAACAUCCAGCAGCGCGCCUUGGCCGAUUACGAGAACGUUUACAGCUCGCAGUCGCAUUGGCAGACCAUCGGCAGGUUCAUCUUGCAGGAGCGCGCUAACGCCACGCCGACGUCGUUGCGGAAGAACAAGAUCACGUCGAGCCUGAGACUGGCCACGCUGGAUAGGAUCAGCAGAGGGCUGAACGUCGCCCGGAACGUCUCGAAUAGCAUCAAAAUGCCCGUGCAGGUGGCCCUGAGCGAUCCGACUACGUCGAAGUGGAAGAGCAAGACCGGCGAGGACCCCAAAGGCAAGUUCAGCACGAGGAAUAAAUCGACGUCGGACAAAGAUUCGGCCGUUCAGGCUAGUGCGGGCAAAAAGGAUGUGACGCGGGAAGUGCAUUCCGAAGGGGAGACUUUGAGCGACGAAGACGUCAAAGAGUCGGAUUUGAUGUCGACGAUGUCGAGAUUGAAAAAAGUGUCGCUCAGAAAAUUUAAGGAAUGGAAAUCGUGACUCUUGGAGUUAUUGUAAAUGAACGGACGUUCGAAAACGUGGUUUCUAUGAAAUUGCGGCAUUAGUAGGUCGUAAAGUAAUUUGGUGGGCAGGCAAACCUGUCUGUAUUAUUGGAUUCUCUACAUUUACAUUUUGUCGGCAUAAGAGAGAAUUUGCAAACACUCCUUCCUUGUAAACUUGUAUAUAUUAUAAUAUAUUACAUAUUGAUGAUAUUGUUCAUAAGUAAAACGAAAGCGAACACUCAAUUUCUUUGUUGGCAAAUUAUAUCAUUGUAUUAAAUUUAUUUUCAUCUAGUCAUUCAAUAUAAAGUACCUGUUUUGGAAUGAAAUAUUUCGGUUUGCCUUGUUAUCUUCCUUGAUUUAAUUUAUUUACCCUGGAUUAAGUGGCCUCCCCUAAUAACUUCCAUAAAGCAUUGUUAUUUGCAUUGUAUUUUUUUCUUGCAGGUACCCUAAAGAAUUGAAAUAUAAUUUGUCUGCCGACCAAUUCUGAUUCUAAACACUAAGAUAAAUGAAAUCUUAGCAUAAAAGCGUAGUGUUAAAAGUUUGGUAUUCUAUAAACUACAUAUUUUGCUACUUCAUCUAAAACUAUAUUUCUGUUGUUCAGAAAUUUAGCACAAAUACAAUAUACAUACUGUAAGUUGGAACAUUUCAUAUCAAACAUACUGUUCAGAGUAUUUCAGUAAAGUUUUUAAGAAGCGUGCACUUUAAUUUCAAGCCAGUUGUAUGUCUGAAUAUUUGUAAGUUUACAAAAAUAUCAUCCAGCUUUUAAAAAUCGUGUUAAAAGAAAUGCUUGACAAAAGCAACUUAAAUAUAAAUACUAAUGUAAUUUAAAUGAAAUAUUUCGAAAUAAUUCGUGUUGUACAACUGGCGAAAUAACACUUGUACAGGGUUUAUUGUUCAACGUCAGUGUAAUAAUAAUUUUUUAAGGAUUCCUAUAUGAUUUGGAUUUGGGUGUUGAAAAUUUUAAACGCUAUUUAUUCGUACGUACACAUCACGACCCGUCUCUCAGGGUUUAAUUUUUUUAUGUGUCUUUCUCUAGAAUUUUAUACUUUUAACAUAAAUAAGGGAAAAAUGCAAAUACGAGUAAGCGUUCAGUUCUGUUAUAACAACCAAACGAAUGUCAAUAAGAGAAUUGCGAAUACUAAAAAAGUAAUAAUUUCAAAAGCUAAUGCAUAUACAAAGAAAGUGCUCCAUCUGCAUUAUAAAUACUAAUCGAUUUAAUGGAAGGAAAUAUGCUUUCAAUUAGUAGACAUAACAGAACUGAAUAAUUAAUGGAACUUGGAAAUUACUUCAUAGUCGUUUCCAGGAUGGAAUUAAUUUUUGAUAAGCUUAAAAGAAACCCCAGGAAUGCAGAGGUAUUCGCCUUCCGAUAUUACAUUGUUUUCCUUCAUUUAAAAGCCACAUUUGAAGUAAAACAAUCAUUUAAAAGUUACAUUUACGACGGAAAGCGUUAUUAAUAGAAUCGAAUAAAAGUUUAUCAGUGGGACCACAAUGAAAUUUAUGAUUUGUUGAUUAUGGGAUUAGU